AGAGAAAGACUGGAUGUCUUUGAUUUUCCCAGUUGUGUGAUUUCUCCGAGAAACAGCUUUGAAAUCACAAUGUAACUCAGGAGGGAAAUUGGAGGAGAAUGACUGGUAAAAUCCAGACCAGCAACGUGACCAACAAGAAUGACCCUCGCUCCCUAAACUCCAGAGUCUUUAUCGGCAACCUCAACACAGCCAUCGUCAAGAAGACCGACAUAGAGGUCAUCUUUGCCAAGUACGGGAAGAUAGUGGGCUGCUCUGUGCACAAGGGUUACGCCUUCGUACAGUAUUUGAACGAGAGGAACGCCCGAGCAGCUGUGGCUGGAGAAAAUGCCCGUAUCAUCGCUGGACAGCCUCUUGACAUAAACAUGGCAGGCGAGCCAAAGCCAUACAGGCCUAAAGCAGGCUCCAAACGGCCACUCUCAGCUGUUUAUAGUGGUUAUGAAUUUGAUUACGAGUACUACAGGGACGACUUCUACAGCAGGCUGUUUGACUACCAUGGCAGAGUGGCCCCCCCACCCAGAGCCGUGAUCCCCCUGAAACGCUCCAGGGUGCUCGCUCCAUCCUCCCGCCGUGGGAAGACCUCCUUCCCCGUCAAAACAUCCUCCUCUUCCUCCUCUUCAUCCUCCAGACCUCCCACAUCCUCCUCCUCCUCCGGGCUCAAACCAGUGAAGACGGACCAGCUUCAGACUAUUAAACGGGAGCUGACUCAGAUCAAGAUGAAGAUCGACUCUUUGCUGGGACGCUUGGAGAAGAUCGAGAAGCAGCAGAGAGCCGAGUCUGAGGCCCAGAGAAAGUACGAGGACAACUGCGACUCCCUGCAUGAGGAGUCUGUGUCAGAGACGGCCGAAAACUCGGGGGAGGAGGCUGGCGAGGGAGCGCUAGACGUGGAGGCGGGAGAGAUGACCGAUGGAGGCGAGGACGACUACGAUGAGGAGGGCAGCCACCAUCUGAUAGAGAACCAUGUAUCGGAUAUUGACAACUGAGACCAGGAUGAGGCAGCAGAAAUCCCGAGUCACUGGUAUUAGAAUUCAUCAUCACCUUGGAGAGACAGAAUAUGGUUCUCUGAAGGAUCAAGACACCCAUUCUGGACUGUAAGUUGCGUUCAAGAGCUGCUGAAUUACAUUUAGAUGCCCAACUGUGCAGCGCAAACCAAAUGUGAUGCGCUCUCUAAAGAAAAUGUAUCCAAGACCUAUUUUAAUGCAUUGGCCUGAGUUUUCAUCAUUGGUUUCUCUGUGCAAUUUAUAUUUCAUUGCAAGAGGCUGACAGUAUCAUGCGCUACUCCUGUUCCUGAAAAAAAUAAAACGGAAAAGGAAGUAAAUGAAUGUUUUUUUAUUCUGAUUUAUAAAUUAAAUUACGUGAAAAGAAGAGAACAUGUUGUUGAUGAUCAAAUUGUUGCUGCUUUUUAUGAAAUGUGUUUGCGCUGUUUUUCAAUGAAUUUAUGUUGUUGCUCAAACAUCAAAUGAAUAAAUGACACUCAGCAAAACCAUGCGACAGCAGUAUGGUUUUCAGAAAAUGAAUGAAACAUCGGUGCUGUCUGGUUUGGAUUUGACUCAUACAUAAGCCAAUAGCUGUGAGCAUAACUUUAUCCAGCUUUAUCCAUUUAUCACACACAUGCCCUGUGGGGCUGUUCCAUCAUAUAUUCCUACUCCUGCCAAGUUUCAGAAGCAGAAAGAGCUUCCUGUGGUAGAGAGCCAACACUGGCACAGGCCUCCUGCCAGGGAGCAGUGCCCCAACGUCUGAAUGCGCUGCUCCCUGCUCAGCUUGUGCAUCCCAACAUGGACUGCUGCUGUUCAGGAGCCAACGCCCUUUCUCCUUCUCCUCUUCUACAUCCCUCUGCAUCCUGCAUCGAUUCUGUCUUAUGCAGGCAAGGGAGCAAGGCAAGUUUUUUUUGGAAACAGUGGAAGUUGUAUGUUAUGUAUUGAGAGGCUUUGAUUUUAUCUAAGUGUGUGAUCCAGAUCGCUUACAUUUCUGAAUAACUAUGGAAUAAUCUAAGGUGACACAAUGUCCAGUGCUGCCUUAAAACAAGCAAAGUAAGUGGUGAGACAAUACAAACAGUAUUCCAUUAAUCAUUUAAUAAAAUGCCAAUUAAAGUGAAGUAUAAACUGUGGUCAGACACAAAGCAGAGCAUCCCAGCAUUCGAUGAUUGCACUCAUUUGGUGCAGUGUACUAACAUGAUGUACAUGAUUGCUACCAGUUCAGAUUAGUCUGUUAUAUUGCUGCCAUAUGGAGCUGCUAACAUUCAGAAAAUUUAAAUGCAGCUUGAGCUUCUGCUGAGUGAUUUAUUAUUAACCUCAUUUUAAAUAAAUUGUCGCAAAGUGAAUUGUGUCUGGAUAUCAGCGUGUUCUACUGUUAAUUAUUCACAUAAUGUUUGCCCAUUUUCCCCAGUGUGCAAAACAAACAAAUUUACCCCAAACAAGGAUGUGACAUGGGCAUGUUUGUUGUCUCAAGCUUUAAGUUUUACUUUAAAGCCAUUCUCAGAAGGAGGUAGGUGUGGGGAUCUACAGCUGUUAUGCAGCAAGUGUGUCAGCUGAUUGGUCAGUAGCAUCAAUUAGGCUGAUGAUGUGUAUUAGCCAACAUUAUGCCAACAACUUAAGUCCUUUUUAAAAAAGCUUUUUGACCACUAUUUAAACAGGUUUAAUAGUGCUGAUGUAAGUCAUAAUUCUGAGCAAUCAGCUGACACACCUGGUAUAUUUUAGCUGCAGUUGCUAACACUGCUAAAGGUGCAGUCAGACAGGAUUUCACCAGGCAAUAUUCACUCACACUGUAUGGUGAAAAGCAAGUGAGAGAAAAUAGCAUAAACAAGGUUGUAAGCAUAAACUGGAGCUAGCAAACAGCUUCUUAUCAAACGCUUUAAUUUCAUUGCCCUCGUUCAAGGUACAAGUUAGAUUUAUUUAUCAUUUUACACCACAGGGUUAUCCUUGCACUCACUGCAGCCAAGGGACAUCUCUACUUCUCUGCUGCUUGUGUAACUGCAUUGGGCAGUGAUAUAAACAGUCAAUAUUUCUUGAAUGAGAGGCCUGGCUGGACGCUGGAGAGACUCGCUGUUUCAGUGUCAAAUUUCAAUCAGACUGAAGCAUGAACGUCCAGUUGUGAGCGUGUCAUAACUCCUCCCGAGGAUGUUUUCUUUUAAAAGUAGAUGUGACCGCAUGAAAGCAAACAGGCCUCUUGUCAUUGGAAUAACUUUAUUCUUUACUUACUGAAUAGCAUUAGAAAUCCUGAAUUUAUGAAAUAGUUUACUCAUUUGAUUCAGUGCUGUUGGUAGUUAAAUAGGUUGUUUCACCCAAAUUACAAAAAAAAAAAAAACAUUUCCUGAA